UUGAGAUUGAGAUUGAGAUUGAGAUGAGAAGAUAAAGCUGAUGGAGAAGGGAAGCUGGUUGUAGAAGUACAAAGUACAGUAUAUACGGAAUGACAUCCUUGACUUGUAAACCCCCGCUCUUCUGAUCACCUGCUCUUUCCCCUCUUCUCCUUUCUCUUUCCUUUUCAAUACUUCUCCUUUCCAUCAUCCUCACUGAUCUCUCAACCAUCAAUCAUGUCUGUUCCACUUACCAAGGUCGAUUCUGCUAUCGCUGGCUUGUCCAUACAAGAUGAAAAGCCACUUGCCCCAACAGAAACGGAAGUCAAGAAGGAGAAGAAGUCCAGGCGACUCUCAUCUCAAGCCGAAGAUGUCUGGAACAUCAAGGACCUAGAGGAGCAAAAGAUUGAAAUCACCCUACCCAUCGAGACCCAGAAGACUGGAUGGAGACUCAACACAUCACCAAACACAGUCGAAGACAAGGACAUCCUCAAGCUUAAACUCACAAAUCCGCCCGUGAAGAAGAUUGACCUGCACUUCCCCUUGGGCCUGGAAGUCACCGCCCGGAAUCUGAAGGGUGUCACAAUCAAGGACGCGCUAGAAGCAAUCCACAAACAGUUCAAGAAGAAGGCCGACGAUGAGUUGGAAAAACCCUACCUCGCUGGCUUCGAGUGGGACAAAGAAGAGUGCUGGACACGGUUCAUCGUGCACCAAACCGACAAGAACACCGCACCACACCAAAACGAGAAUAGCAAGAAAUCCAAGAAGAAGAAGAAGGACGAAGAGUAGAUCGAUCCAACUCGAUCCUCAGGGGCCAAUGGCACCCCGUCUUAUCUCUAUUAUUUGAUGCUUCUUUUCUUAUCUGCAACGACAAAGUUC